CUGGCAUGAUUGUACACCCGAGAGUUCCCAGUGGAGCCAGGCCUUAUAAAUGCAGUGAAUGUGGGAAAUUAUUUAACCAUUACUCCAACCUUACUAUACACCAUAGAGUUCACAUCUCAGCAAGGCCUUAUGAAUGCAAUGAAUGUGGGAAAGCCUUUAGCUACAAACAGACUUGUCCAACACCAGAGAAUUCACACUGGUGAAAGACCCCAUGAGUGUGGUGACUGUGGGAAAGCCUUCAACCAGAAAUGCAGACUUGUUCAGCACUGGAAAAUCCACAGUAGAGAAAGGCCUUAUGAAUGCAGUGAAUGUGGGAAAUCCUUUAGACAAAGCUAUGGCCUUAUUGAACACCAGAGAAUUCACACUGGGGCAAAGCCUUAUAAGUGUAGUGAAUGUGGGAAAUGCUUCAGCUGCAAAAUCACACUUGCUCGGCAUUGGAGAAUCCACACUGGAGAAAGGCCUUGUAAGUGCACUGAAUGUGGGAAGGUUUUCAGCCAAAGCUCUGGCCUUAUUGCACAUCAGAGAGUUCACACUGGUGAAAGGCCAUAUGAGUGCACAGAAUGUGGGAAAUCUUUUAGCCAAAGAUCCAGCCUCAUUUUACACUAGAGAGUUCACACUGGUGAAAGGCCCUAUGCAUGCAGUGAAUGUGGGAAAGCCUUCAGCAUUAAAUCUACACUUGUUCAACACCUGAGAGUCCAUACUAGAAAAAGACCUUAUGAGUGUAGUGAAUGUCGAGUAGGUCUGGGAUACCCAGAGAUAAGUGGAGAGCUAGGGAAUGUCACAGGACCCAGAGGAGAUGGGAGGAAAGAGGAGAAGGAGGACGCCCUUUCUACCUUUCUCUGUACCCUGGGUCACUCCAAAAGGAGGAAGUGGACUAAGGUGGCCCUGCAGGCAGCAAAGAAAUUUGGAGAUGAACUUUGUGUCUCAUACAGUGCCAGGGAAGGGGAAGAGCCUUAUCCAAUUGGGAGAGUAACAGUGCCCUUAAAGGACCCUAAAUGUGACCAUAAUAACAGCAUUGGCUGCAGCACAAAGGGUCACCAUGACGACAAGCCCUUCUCCACCGAGCCUGUGUGA